AAAGCAACACAAAAGCUGCUCCCGGGCAGCAGUGAAGCAGAGCCACAUGCAGAGCGAGUGGCGGCCGCGCCCGGGAGCGCCGGGUUAAUUCCCGGGAGAGGGAUGCGCUGCAGCCCCGCGCUGGGAUGCCGGGGGGAACAGCCGGGUGUGCAAACCCCCAGGCUGUCGGGUCUGGAUUGCAGCUGCUCCCGCCGCGUGCGAGCGGAUUAAAUUACCGCAAAUUCAAACUGAAUGGAGCCGUUCCCCCUCCGUCCGCCGGUCCCUCCUCCCCCUGCCCCGCUGCCGGCGUGAGGCUGGAGCGGGGAGGAGGAACGGGAGGAGGCGCCGGCUCCAAGGAGGGGCGGCAGCCCGGGGCACCUCGGCUCGCCCCAGUGCCGGCCCCCGCCCGCCCCGCUCCGCCCCGCGGCCCCUCUGCUGCAGCCGCCGCUCCGCUCCCCGCAGCAACUUCGGUGACCGCCCCGGAGGCAGCGGCCGGAGCAGGAGCAGGGGCAAGGAGAGCCGGGCAUGCCGGCGGCGGCGGGCGAUGGGCUCCUGGGCGAGCCGGCGGCCGUGGCGGCGGGCGGGGAGGCGCGGCGGGCGGCGGCGGACGGCGGCUCCUUCCUGGCCGCCUGGCUCAGCGCCGCCGCGCCCCGGGAGCGGCUCCGCGACUUCCAGCACACCAAGAGGGUCGGCAACUACCUGAUCGGCAGGAAGCUGGGAGAGGGCUCCUUCGCCAAGGUCCGCGAGGGGCUGCAUGUGCUCACCGGAGAGAAGGUGGCAGUGAAAGUAAUUGACAAGAAAAGAGCCAAGAAGGACACCUAUGUCACCAAGAACCUGCGGCGGGAAGGGCAGAUCCAGCAAAUGAUCCGCCACCCCAAUAUUGCUCAGCUGCUGGAUAUACUGGAAACUGAGAACAGCUACUACCUGGUCAUGGAGCUGUGCCCUGGCGGCAACUUGAUGCACAAGAUCUACGAGAAGAAAAGGCUCGAGGAGCACGAAGCCCGCAAAUACAUCCGGCAGCUCAUCCUGGCAGUGGAGCACCUUCACCGGGCAGGAGUCGUGCACAGAGACUUGAAGAUAGAAAAUCUGUUGCUAGAUGAAGACAACAAUAUCAAGCUUAUUGACUUUGGAUUGAGCAACUGUGCAGGAAUCUUGGGUUAUUCUGAUCCCUUCAGCACCCAGUGUGGGAGCCCAGCAUAUGCAGCCCCUGAACUUCUGGCAAGGAAGAAAUACGGGCCCAAAAUAGACGUUUGGUCCAUUGGGGUGAACAUGUACGCCAUGCUGACCGGAACAUUACCCUUCACUGUGGAGCCGUUCAGCUUGAGAGCCUUGUACCAAAAAAUGGUGGACAAAGAAAUGAACCCCUUUCCCACCCAGCUCUCCUCAGCGGCCAUAAACUUCCUGCGAUCUCUGCUGGAGCCAGACCCUGCAAAGAGACCAAACAUCCAGCAGGCCCUGGCAAAUCGGUGGCUCAAUGAGAACUACCCUGGAAGAGCACCACCCAAUGUCACCUAUCCAAACAGGAUUCACCUGGAGGACCUCAGCCAGAGCGUCCUGCUGCACAUGACUGAGAAGCUGGGCUACAAGAACAGCGAUGUCAUCAACACUGUGCUCUCCAACAGGGCCAGUCACACGCUGGCCAUCUACUUCCUGCUCAACAAGAAGCUGGAGCGCUACCUGGCCAGCCUCAGGAAGGCUGAAGGCCAGGACAGUAUUUGCCACAAGAACCAGCUAUACCAGAUAGAAAAGUACAAGGCAAAUAAAGACUCCUAUGAGGACAAAAAACUCAAAGAGCAAGAAAAGAAAGGGGAGAUUCUUCACCGUCAGCUCCCAAAGAAAACUGAGAAAAGUCCAGUUUCAUAUAGACAGCCUUCUUCCUGUCUUAUCUCACAGAUCCAGAACACCAAGGCUCUGCUGAAGGACCGGAAAGUCACCAAGGCUGGGGGUCCGGAGAAAGACUCCUGCGGUGGGGUGAGCCCUUUCCACGAGCCCCUGGCAUCCAAGAUGGGCUGUGUCACUUCCAGCUCCCUGGAAUACCUGGAGGUCCAGCAGCCACCCCCCAGAACCCCCCGGCUCCUCAAGAGGCAGGAGUCUCCCCAGCCGGAGCCAUCCCGGAUCGGGGGCCGGGCAAAGGACUCCCCUCUCAUCCUGAAUAUUGUGCACUCCUUCGAGUCAGUUGACAGAGAGGACCAAAUAGACCAGGUUUCCCCCUCUCACCAGUACAGAAUUUUAGGCUCACCAAUGAAUUUCCCUUACAAAAGCUCAAGUGAAAGGACACUGUCGCCGCUCUUUCCCCCAGGGAGCACGUCCCCCGUCCACCCCACCCAGGUCUCGUUCACGUAUGAAGAAAAAGCAUAUCCGGCAAAGGAAGAAGCAGUGUCCCCUACUCAGCUGGUCCCCAGCAACCCCCUGGGCAGCCCAAACUGUAUGAAAAGCAGGGGCAGGUUCCCCAUGAUGGGGAUCGGACAGAUGCUGCGGAAGAGGAACCAGACCAUGCAGUCGGCGAGCGAAAAGCCCCUGGAAGCCAGGAUGCCUCAGCUGCAGCAGAUGAGCCCCACACAGAUUUCCUUCAACACAGAGGCUGUCAGCGGCCAGUGUUAGUCUGACAUCCUGGGAUUUGCACUGCUCUUCUCUGGGAUCCAACCUUUUUCUCCUUUAAGCAAGAAGGGAAAGCCACAGGCAUGUUGCUGUCACUGCAUCAUACCCCGCAGCGGUGCAGCGUAGGAAAUUGGAGGUUUGCUUGCAAGGAAGGCAUUGUCCUACAUAUUAAAGUUGAAAGAAGAGGGCUCUGCUUGUGUUGUUAAGAAAUAUUCACAUUUGGCAUCUGACUGUACAGUAAAACAUCCUGAAAGAGCUACGUGAAUCUGUAUUUUCACUGCUCUCACCUGGUGUUGCAGCGAGGUUGGUUGGAAGAACCGUGAGCACCGAGGGUUUGGUUCCUCCAGGAAAUCAGUGGUGCUGUGGAUGCCGGGCCAGGAUCUGUGGUAAGACUGUCCCUGCUCCGCCUGCCUGUGCCACACAGCACGUGGUCCUGCUGCAGGCUUUGUUCCUGGGGCAGGCAAGGGGAAAAACCCCAGAUACUCUGUCCAAAGUGAGCUUGCUGACAAGCCCUGCCGAGAAGAUGAAGGUGGUAGAAGCUUGAAUAAAGACAUGAGUGGUCUAAUUCAGAAAAAGUGGGAAUAUUGGAAUUCAAAGCAGAUUUUACUGUUAAUUACAUAAAGUAGGUAAUAACGCAAUCCUUUUUUUCAUAAAAAAAACUAUGAUUUAAUCAUGUCACAAGAAACAUGAUUAUUUAAAAACAAGUGUCAUCAUGUGGAAAUUCACUGCAUUAAAGGCCAGUUCCUUUCAUAUGAGGGGUCUGCAAGCAGGUGCUUCAAACAGAAAUCCAGAUUGCAACAGGCUGUGUUUAAACAAUCAGCCAACCCCCACGUCAGCCCGUGUUACAGCAAGGCAGCAUUGGACACACCUGAAGGCUUCUCUGAGACUGCAGUGAAUUAAAAAGACCAAUAAAGGACACAUGAACCUGUACCAAGUCCAUUUUAUACUCCAAGAUUGGUAAUGUAGUGGUUACCAAAAAUUGGGUAUUGUUAUGAGCAGUGAAGAUUAACUUUCUUAAAAGACACCAUGUUCUGUAUACCAGUCUUGUUUUUCUAAGUAAAUGAUACAUCUGAGAGGUUGGCAACAUUUUUUUGGUUCUGUUUCUGUCUUCAAACCAUUUCCUAUAAAUUAGAAGGUUUAGCCAAAGACAAAGACUGCUCUUUUCUUUCAUCUGUACCGCCCCUGUGUACGUGUUUGUGUGUUCAGAGCAUCUCAGCAAAGCUUGUUCCAGUCUGGUUCCCCCAUGGGCAGCCCUGGCCCACACUGCUCCCAGCCCUGAAUGUCAUUUCAAAACCCAGGAAGCAGAGGUGUUGUCUUCUUAUUGCUGGAAGAGGGGAUUUUGCCACUGGGAGGAAUCCAGGCCCUAUUUUCAUCUGUACUUUCACAAACAAUUUUGCUGCCACGUUGGUGUCUGCAAAUGCUGAGGGUUACCCCUGUUUGAGAAGUUUUCCUUCCAGUUCCAUGAGCAGGAUGUUAAGAGCCUGGGACAAGAGGGGCAGCAGAGGCAGGGGAGAAGGUCCCCAGCAGAGCCCAUAGCUGAGCCUGUGUUCCUGGUUUGCAGUGUGCCAUGGGUCUGAGACCAAAAUCUGCAGGAAAAAAUGGACAUUAAUCCAAAUACUGACAGAUAACUGGACUGCGCAGUGCUGGAAAAACCAGCAGAGUGAUGCCCAGAGCACCCUGCAGGUGAGACCUUCCCCUCAACACUGGAGUUUGGCACCAGUUCGGUCCUGGAGAGUCCAUGUGCAUCUUGGACCCUUGAGUGGAGUGAGGACUCCCACCUCUUAGGGAGUUGUGCUACACUUGAAAACCCCAAUAGGAUAAGAAACACAGCCCUGAAACAAUGUUAUCCAUUUUCAGAUCAAGAAGUGUUGCAUUCUGUUUGUAGAGAGCACCUGUGCAUCCCAGGGGGCCAUUUUAGCUCCUUCAUUUAUAAACGUCAGAGCAUUUUCAUUCUCUUCGUGCUAAGAACAUGUUUGUGCUGCCAAGCCAGUGGGCAGGGACCACUGAAGUCAGGGACCACUGGAGUCCCCCCCUUUGUGUGCUUCAGACUCACAUACCCGAACAGAUGGCAGAUGCUGACUUGAAUUACAAACUCAGGUUUAUUUGGAACCCAAUAAAAGGUUGGGGGAGGCAGGAAGGAGACAUGGUUUUUUUUUCUGUUUUGGUUUUUUUUUGUGUAUGAAAACACAGGAAGUAUGUGUAAGAAUCUGAAUGAAAACAAAUGUUAAAUCUUUUAUUAUAUUUAUAGAGAAUAUAUGAGUACUACACUGCUAAAACGUAACCAUGUAUUCAGCAUAGUCAGUAGCUAUGUACAGUCCAACUGCAGUGACCACAGAAGGGACCUACUGAAAUAUCAUACUGGAAAUUCCAGGGGGGACAAGCUGUAUUUGGUAUCAUUAUUAAAUAUAUGUACUUUUUGAACAAGA